AUGACAAGUUUAACAUGUUUACUUUGUAAUGGUGCACCUACAGAAGAUUCCUUAUCAAGAGUAAGAAGGGGAGGAUGGAGCAUGUUAAGAUUGGGGCGUGGUCUUCAGAUGCUCAGAUUAGGUAAACGAACGCACCCCAGUGGCCUUGACAUCUACCUUGAUCGAGAUUUACACGAACGUCAAGUCCCACUCCCAAGAUACGGCAAGGAUUUGGAUUGGCAGAAUUUCUUAGAAAGACACAUGCUGGGGAAUACUGAAAUGGACGAAGAAAAGAGAGAAUCCAUGCUUCCUUUAACCGACCCUUUUCUUUCUGAAGCAAUCGAUGGUUACCCGCAUAUGAGACCAGCACCACGUGGAGGACGCUUUAAGCGAUCUGCAGGUCGCUUCCGAUACUACCCGGAAGUACGAUCAGAGGAGCGUGCUGUGGCGUUACCUAGAUUUGGACGUUUAAUUGAAAAGGAACUCAAACACAAGGAUGGAAACGAUGAAAGUAAAGAACGUGCCGUCCCAGCUCCCAGAUUUGGCCGCAAUCCACACUAAACAAUAAAUAUUAUAGAAUAUUGUACAUUACAUUUGAUUCAAUUCCCAAAUUAGAUUCAUAAUUCCAUAUUGUUCGAAAGAUUGAUUUUAGAUCUCAAAAUGGGAAUUUCAGAGGGAAUGAUGUUAACACUGGGCAAGGAACCUUCAUUGACAAAAAUUAGUUUGUUGUUUUGGGGUACCAAUGAGUAUUGAAAGAGAAUUAAUCAAUACUGCUUUAUUAGGAAUUAUUAGUAUGAUAGGGUUCAAUCAAUAUUAUUAGACUAUCUUCUCCAAUUCAAAAUCAUCAUUAUUGAAUGCUAGUAAAUUGUAUGAAAAUAUCUUAAAUAAACAGUUUUCUAUAU